AAUGUGAUGUAUAGCAAAAAAAAAUUUUAAUUCAGAUACAUACCAACAAGUAUCGGAAUUUUUACCCAAGUGCAGAGAUGUCACUACUUGCAUCCUGUGAUUGUAGGGACAUGUGAUCGUAGGGACAAAUGGAUCAGAGUUUAGCAUACCGACAACCAGCAGCAUUAAAUGAAUUCUGUUAAGAUAGUAAUAACUCAGAAUGGCUUACGCCGUUACAAACUGCAAUCCCCAAUCCUUCGCACGCUUUUCUUCCUCACCCUAACUUUUCAGUUCACUGACUUCGAAGCCACCAAUCCCACCCCGACCCUCAUCACCAUCGCAACCUCUGAGAGAUAAAUUGAUACAAAAUCAGACUACUCCUCCAUUAUUUUCACUUUCAUCCUUGAUUUUUUCAUUAAUGACAUGUGGAUUAAAGGUAUGACCCAUUUUUUUAGUCUGCUUUAGUUUCACAAACAAUAAUAUGAACUCAGUUCGUGAAAUUAGUGUUGAUUGAGUUUUUAAUACGAUUUGUUGCAAAUAAAACUAAUUAAAUUAGAGGUUGUAGUAAAAUUUUCAAUUUGACCUUUACAAUUUUAAAAUAUAGACUCUGUAAAUGCUUAAGAUUCUAAAAUAGGGUUUACAGGUAGUAAAAUACCCGAUUGGAGUGCAAUGAUGAUGUUAUACUAGGAUUUGGGGUCAAAACCCAAAUGGAUUCUUCCCCCACUUGUAGAAACUUAGAGAGAUAUGGGGGUCGGUUUGGUCUUUUGGAAGAUUUGAUGGAGAGGGGAGGGGUUGGUGCUCUGAUUUGUUUGUGUUUUGCAAUAACAAAAUGGGUCUAUAAAAUAAUCACAGAAAAGUCUAAGACAAUUGAUAAUUUGUGCUUGUUGGCCUAUCAAAAAAAAAAAAAAAUGUUUAUGUUAUGUCGAUGUUGCCUACAAAAAUUUCUUUCAAAAUUUUUAGAUUUUUCAUUCAUGUCAUGAGAAUUUAUAAACGGAGUCGAAUUCUUGAGAUCUUAGCGUGCUCUACGGAAAAUAAAUUUUUUUGCUUCUGUUUUGAUCGAGGUGGAAGAGGAACAGAGGCAGCGAACUGAGUGAAGUGCAGGAAGAAAAGGGAGCAUCGGAGAAGGGAGAACAUAAAAGGUUAACGGUGUUAAUAAUUUUCUGGUUGCAUGUGAUGAGUUGGUUAUGAUUUGGCAGGAGGUGAUUACCUGUCAUUUUGUUAUUGGACCGGGAUACCACAUCAGCUGGUAUACCCGGGAUAUAGUAGACU